UUCCUUGUAUGCAACCGGAAUUAUCAAUCGCGACUCGACUCGACUACUAGUUACUCCAAAACGCGUCACAACAAAACAUGUUUGCCCCACUUCGGAAAUAUGUCAAGAAAACAAGAUAAAAACCAAUACUACUAAGGUUGACUUUUCGGACAGCAUCACAGGAGAACAACCAUGAAUUACCAGAAAGCGUAUAUGAACCAGAUAUUCUCUAGCUCUCUGAUGGGACAGGUAGCAGAGAUGUGGCGGAACCAGCUUCUGUGUGACGCCAUUAUCAAAACUGGUACCACAGACACCAAGGCCCACAGACUAGUGCUAGUAGCAGCUUGUCCAAUGCUACAGACCAUGGAAAAUGCAGCCAUAGGCUCUCAUUUAGAAGUUCGGCUCUCUGCAGAAAUUAAACCAGAGUCUGUUCAAACUUUCCUGAAAUAUUUAUACGAGGGCUUUAUGAUGCUAACUGGAGACAAUUAUAAAGACGUGGAAAAAAUUGCCAAACUGUUACAAGUGGAGAGUGUUGUGCGAUGUUGUGUAGACUUCAGCAAGUGCCUCAGUGAAAAAACAGGUGUUCCUUGUGAAAAAAGGUUUGGAUUUGGUGAGAACUCGGACUCUGUUUAUGUCAGGUCCUCUGAUCUGCUCAAAGUUCAGGAAACGGUGAAGCGACAUUCAGAGGAAGAGACCGUGAGCCCAGAGGGAGAGAGGAAGCGACAGAAGACCAACAGACCCACCCCUCCCCCACCCUUGCUACUGCCCAUGCAAAAUCCAACAAACAACGAGAGAGUGUCGUCACAUGGCAUUGAUAUGUCAAGGAUUUCUGACACAGACAGAUUAAUGGAAGCUGAAUAUUCACCUCAGGUUAUUCAAAGCUCUAGAUCAUCUACAAGUGAAGCUGAAAUAAUGAAGGACAGUAUAGAAAUUGUGCACAGGGAACCACCUGAUCCUAACAAUAUCAACCAAUCAGAGCCUCCAGUACAACAGACUAUGGGUCUAUCAGUGGCCAGUAAAAUUCCUAGUGAUCGGAAUACACAGAUUGUAAAUAUGUCAAAUGUUCUACCUCAUUCCAGAGUAUCCUCCACAAAAAAUCUUCACAUUCAAGGCUCACCACAUUCCUCUUCCUCUUUACGUAAACCAGAAACGGCACAUUCCAUAGAGUCUGAACCCAGGACGCCCGACACUCACAAAAAUCAAGACAGGCGACAUCUACUAACGGGGGAGACACAUUCCAGACAUCACAUACGACAGAACUCCCACGAGAUGCCUUCACGAAAGCAUGAAUCAUACCCAUCUAACCUACCUUGCAGUGAAAUACUGGGGACUACAGGUCUACAUGACCUGAGCUCUAAGUCCAUAUGCUCCCCCACAGUCUCCUCCCAACCCUCCUCUCCCUACAGACCCCCCAUCCCUCUCUCUCACCGACAACCCAAUGCAGCCCAGAUGCAGAAAUCUUUCCUCCAGCCAAUGUUUAGAACAGGGAUGCCAUAUGACGGCCGCUCGUUUGCUGGUGUUCCAAUGGGUUCUCUGUCGCAUCUAGCUGGUCUGCUGCCUACAUCAAUGGCCCCACCUCUACCAAUGUCGUACAAUGCUGAGGACUCCAUCAAGGACCACGGUAGUGGUCCGUCUGUACCCAGCUCUCCUUGUACUCCAAGUGGUCCUGAUAUGUCCAUCAUCAAAACAGAGGAGCUGCGGGAGAGCGAGGAGCUCCACAUCGACAUUCCGGAGGAAAGCUCUGCCUCUGGAGCAACGUCACCACACAACAACACGGAGGAAGAGCCCCCUGGUGACGACAGCAGUAAUCAGGGAAGUGACGGGGGGUCGCUGUGGCAGGACAACUCUGUUAAAGAUGAAGAUGAAUCAUAUGGCAUAGUUGACCUCUGUGGAGUGGAAAUGGCCGAGUUCAAAUGUCGUUACUGUAUCUCCCAAUUCUCAGACCAUCUCGCCAUUAUGGCACACUUCUCUUCUGUUCACAAUCACGAUUUCUCUGAAAUAUGUCCACAGUGCUACAAGGGAUUCAAGUCGAGUAAAGGUUAUCGUAAUCAUUGCAAAAUGCAGCACACGGAUGCAACAGACUGUCCGUCUUGUGACAUUUGUGGCAAGCGCUUUCCUGCUGUGACCCAUGCUGUACACGAUGUUUAUCAUCUGUGGGAGUUCAUUCGAGACCUUUUACAUGACCCUAAGUACUGCCCUCGGAUAAUUCGCUGGGAGAACGCAGACGAUGGGGUGUUUCGAGUUGUCGACUCAGCAGAGGUUGCGAGUCUCUGGGGGAAAACUAAGAAAUCAACCAAAAUGACUUAUGAAUAUAUGAGUCGCUCUCUCAGGUACUGUAGAACUUUGGGCUACUUUGCUGAUCUCCCCAAAAAUGCAGGCUACCCAAAGAAGCUGUGCUUCAAAUUUGGCCCCAAGGCUCAUGGGUGGCAUCCAAGAACGGAUCACAAAGAGCAGGACUCGGAACCGCCAGCGCCACCUAGCUGGAUCACCAUGAAAACCUCACAGAAGGACGACGAACCAAUGAACCUUGUGACACGAAAACCGACCAAUCAGAGCGAGUCUGUGCACAGUUCCCAUGAGAAUGUCUCGUCACUUAACGUGAGCGAACACUCGAGAAUCGUAGGAGAACAUUUUUUGGCAGCUGCAGCAUCAAUUGAGAAAAGACAAAAACAACAGCAGACUUCUUCAGACGAUUCAGACUGCAGUUAUGGAGUUUCCAUGUAUGGGAUAUAUGGGCCCUUGACCCUCAGUGACUUUAACUACAGCCUGGUCAAGGAUUUCUGGUGGAACAUCGUGUUUUGUGUACUCUGUUUGGUCUUCGGUAUCGUUGGGAACUCUGUUGUGAUCCUAGUGUACCACACGAAGUUAAAGUCGAAAAUCGAAGAGAGAUUCUUCAUUCCGAUCCUGGCUUUUCUCGAUCUCCUUGCCUGCAUUAUGGUGUCCGCAGUGAUGUUGGCCAAGUCUUUCUACCCCGCCAAGUUUCGCGAUCAAUCUGCCUGUAAAAUAUUGACUUACUUCGGAUUCUCCACGUCUUCCAUGGCGCUCUUUAUGUUGGCCGUUAUAGCGUUUCACCGAUUCCAGAAGAUCGUCCGACCAUUCGGGUACCAGCUGAGCCUCCGGGCUAAACAAUAUACUAUACUUGUGGUUGGAUUCAUAUCAUAUGUACUGUUCUCACCUGUGUUUUACGUGUAUGGGAUAAAAGAAAUCUCAGACCUUAACACAAAUAUGACUUAUUAUACAUGCUCUGCCCCAAGCAAAGGUAUCUCCAAGCGAGCCAUGUUUGUGUUUCAGGGGCUCCUAAUUUGCAUUUAUUUAAUAUCAAUUAUCUCCAUGGCCAUCAUGUAUUUCUUCGUAGCCAGAACUUUACGGGUGAGAAUAAAAGCCUCACGUAAAAGGAAAGAGAUCCAUAGCUCACAGACACUUCACAGCGCCGUGAUUGUACGAAUGGACGCCAAGAACAAUGGCGCCGACGCCAUGUCUAAAGAACAGCAGAUAGAACAGCUGAUUAAGACGCCCGCUAUUACAGACACUUACGAUACGCUACAACUCAGGCGCAAGAGCUGCCACAAGCGGAAAGGCCAUUUUUCUUUGUACAGAUACUCCUAUAUAUUUAUGAUUAUAACAAUCAAAGCCAUAUUGUCGUACGUAGUGCCGUGGAUUCUGGUGAUAGUGAAGUCAAACGACAAAACUCCGUGGACAGAGCUGAACAAUCAACUGUUGAUUCUUCGGUAUCUCUACAUACUCAGCCAUAUCACGAACCCAGUAAUAUACGGACUGCUGGACAAAACGUUCCGCAAGCACCUCCGCACGGGGCUGUGCGAGUUCCGCGGCCAACAGUACGUCAUGAACGGCAGUGGUAGUAACUGAGACGUUCACGUUGGCGUAGAAAGUAAUUGACGUUCUCAUGGGGUGUAUAGUGCAAGGAAGUAGUAACCUAUAUAGAAAAGAUAGAGUGCAAUCAAAAGAGGAAUGACCGAAGAACAAUAGGAUGCAUCUGUCAUCUAUAUUAUGGGGUGAUAUCAUCUACUGAGAGAGUGGCCUCUGACUCAGAGAGAGAGAGAGAGAGAGAGAGAGAGAGAGAGAGAGAGAGAGAGAGAGCAAAUAACAUUU